CAAAAUCAAACAUGGCGGAGAAUCUAUGGCAACUGUGAUUUCAAUCAAAAGCGUCGCGAAGUGAGAAUUUGUGUCCACCUAGUGAUUUUCAUAACAUUUACAUUAAGAGGCCAUGGAGAAAACCAUUAUGCUCUUUCAAGAUGUUACGUAAGCUCUUAUUUGCAAGGCAAAGAAGGUAAAGUUUAUCAGCUCGGAGAAUUCUUAAGCAAGAGAGCAGGCUAGGGAAUAUAUUUUCGAGAAAGGUUAUACCAAGUUCAUUAAGGAUGGGAGAUGAUGAUAAGCCCCUUCGCUUCACCAUUGAAAUCUUCAAUGCCCAAUUUGUAACUUCAGGAAGAUACUUUUUGAUUUUAAGAAUAGUUGGAAGCAAGGUUAAACAGUCUAAAUUGAAGCUAUACGUGGGCAGUUCUGAUGUAGCAUUGAAGGAUUAUCAGUUUACUACAGAUGCAUGUUUAGAAGAUGGGGAUCCUGAGACUUUGGUGACUUUCACAGAUUCAGUCAUCACCUUUUGGAUGCCUCCUGAGAGUGUGGAUGGGGAUAUUCAACUUGUGAUAGAAGCAUAUCGUCUUCCAGAGAAUCCCAUGCAUGAAGGUGACAAGUGUGGGGAGGCCGUGUUUAGUGUCUUCCCUAGAAGGGGUGCAUUAUUCUCAGGUGUGCGGCGGUCAACACCAUCAACUAAAGAUUCUAAUGAACUAUACCAGUUCGAGACCAACAUUACACUGAAUCAAGUCCAAGAAGAUGAAGGACUUUGGAUUAGUUGUGGUUCAAUCAGGGCAGCUAUGCGACUUGUAUUUGAAGAGGAAGAGCAACCGAAACCUUCUAAGAAGCCACAACCAAUUCAAAUUUCCAGAGAACCUAAACCAGGUCCUUCAACUGCACCAGAUACUCCAGCAGGGUUUAAAAAAAUCCAGGAGUCUGCCCUUGGUUCACAUGUUAACAGUAUACCUGUGCAUCAUCUAUGUGGAAGCAACACAGCAAGAGAAGGAAAAUGUGAAGUAGCAGUUCUUAUUCAUGGUGCUUUAGGACUGCCAAUGAAAUCUGAUGGAAGGGUUCCACAGCCAUACAUUGUGGGGAAGUCCAGAAGAGCAGUGACCCAGAUGCAAAUGGGACAGUCAGUGACCCAUGCUGUCAUUCAACCAACACACUCUCCAUCUUGGGAGGAACUGCUGCUGAUUGAAGUUAAUGAGGAUGAAGCUAAUAAUGAAGCUGUUAUCUUGCUGGUGGCAGACCAUCCCAGCAAAGAGUUACUGACAGAGUUUACAAUGCCACUCAGUCAUUUGAAGCCUUUUCAUCAAUAUCAUUUGGAGUUGGUUCAGCCCAAUUCAGAACUUAGUGGUGAUACAAGACUGUACAUCACACUGAUGAAGAAACUGGACAAGUUACCUCUUCCUUCUGUAGAUGCAAAAAUUUAUGGCAUAGAGGUAUUACUGAGGGGCGUGGACUCACCCAUUUUAAGUCAAAUGGGUCCACUAAUUGCAACAGGAAGAAUUGUGAAUGACUGGAGACAAUACAAGGAAACCAUGUUAUCAGCCCAGCCCAGACCAGCUGGGAUAACAGUGACCACCAUUCACUUCCCAUCUCCACACCCGACAUCAUUUGCCAUAGCAGGAACGACAAAUGAGUAUGGAGCUCCACAACUGACAACCACUGCUGGGCCCCAGGAACAGCCACAGUGGAACCAGACUAUGUUUUUUCUAGGGGAUAAAUCAAGUUUAUUCACUACUGAAUCAGCUUUAGUUUUAGAAUAUUACCCAGCUUCACUUGCAAUGACCAGAGACUGUUGGCAGCUAACCAGCCCUGUUGGUUACUCCUACCAAACAAUGGAUCAGUUGCUGCUUUCCAGCUUGCAGUGGGACAGUGCAAAAAUGGGGCUAAGGGUAGAUAAUCUGCCAGUUGAGGGUUCCAAUCUGAGAACUGCUGUUGGCUUAGGCCCCACCGUUGGAAUGGUACUCAGACUUGUCACAGAUGAGAAACCUGACCAGCUCUUGUCUGCCGCCCACUUGUCUUCAUUACCAGUUUUCGGGGAAGGACCUCAAGCAGCACCUCAUGAUGAGUCUGUACAGGCAGAGAAUUUCGGAAAAGCAGGACAGGCACCUUAUGGGCUUCCUCCAAUGAAUGCAGUCAAAAAAAUGUUGCCACAAUUUCAUUCUUUAUACACUGCGCCAAGAAAUGAACCAGUCAAAGAAUAUGUGCCACUGGGGAAAUUAUCACCUCAAGAAGGAACCGUUGAUGCUUAUGGGUCAAGCCAGAUUCCUCCGGAGGUCAGAGGCAAGCUUGAUGCCAACAGUCUUGCUGUCAUGGAUUACCAAAUGAAGGAGGUGGAUCGCUACAGGACGGCAAUGAGAAAGAUGGCAGCUGAUCUCCUGCACGUGCGAGAGGAUUGCAAACGUUUAGAGGAAGCCAACAGUAGGCUGAGGAGAGAGUUGGGCCAACAUGACGAGAUAUCCAGGUUAAUGGUCAGCUCCAAAGACUUAGAUAAUGUGACACAUUCUGAGCUGGUACAGAAGUUUGUGCUCCUGAAAAAGAAGUUGGCAGAUGAAUCCGCAAAGAAACAAGAAAUGAAAUCAAGACUUCAACACCUUCAGAAUGAUCUUAUCAAGAAAAAUGAGAUGGAGAAGGAUUUUUUGAAACUACAAGAAGCUCACGAAGGGCAACAGGCACUUCUGCAAAAGUUGCAGGGAAAGGUACAAAAGGCACAGACGAUUCAAGAUACCUGCAAGAAACAAGAAAAGGUUAUUGUCCAACUCGAGCAGCUUUUGGCCCAAAAGGGAAAGGGACCAUACAAUGGAGGUGAGUUACCUUUGAAAUCUGUACCUGUAUAUCAAGAUGAAUUACAUAUGUUAUCAGUUUAUAAUAAAGAAACUUGUACGAGAAUGGUUAUAAAAAAAAUACUUGUGUUACAAGGGCGAGUCCAAAGAGGCAAAGUUAUUAGUUUUCAGAGAAACUAUUCCGUUGCAACGAAAGGAGUCUCGGUUUCAACUAUGCACACAGAAUGA